AUGACUAAGAUCAACUUCCUCCUCGCUGCCCUGGCUGGCAGCGCCAUUGCCGCUCCCUCCGUUCCUCUCAUUGAUGCGCCUGAGCACUUCAAGCGUGCUGAUAGCUGCACCUUUUCCGGCUCCAGCGGUGCUGCCGCUGCCAUGAAGGCUCAGUCUUCUUGCACCACUCUCACUCUCAACAACGUCGCUGUUCCCGCCGGCACGACUCUUGACCUUAGCAAGCUCAAGGAUGGCGCUCAUGUCGUCUUCAAGGGCACCACCACCUGGGGCUACAAGGAGUGGACCGGCCCUCUGCUGAAGAUCUCUGGAAAGAAGAUCACUGUCGAUGGUGCCGGUGCCGUCCUUAACGCUGACGGUGCCCGCUGGUGGGACGGCAAGGGCGGAAACGGUGGCAAGAAGAAGCCCAAGUUCUUCGCCGCCCACAGCCUGACUGACUCGGUCUUCAACGACCUGUACAUCAAGAACACCCCUGUCCAGGCUGUCAGCAUCAACACCGUCAACGGUCUGACCAUCAACAAGAUGACCAUUGACGAUGCUGAGGGUGACUCCAAGGGCGGACACAACACCGAUGGCUUUGAUAUCGGUGAGAGCACUGGUGUUACCAUUAACGGUGCCAAGGUUUACAACCAGGACGACUGUGUUGCUAUCAACUCUGGCAAGGACAUCACCUUCAGCGGUGGUCUCUGCUCUGGUGGCCACGGUCUGUCCAUCGGCAGCGUUGGCGGCCGAGACAACAAUGUCGUCGACACGGUCAAGUUCCUGAACAGCCAGGUUACCAAGUCCACCAAUGGUCUCCGUGUCAAGACCAUGAAGAACACCAGUGGCCAGGUCAAGGGCGUCACCUACUCUGACAUCACCCUGUCCAAGAUCUCCAAGUACGGUGUCCUGAUUGAGCAGAACUACGAUGGCGGUGACCUCCACGGUGACCCCACCAGCGGUCUCCCCAUCACUGGCCUCACCCUCAAGAACAUCUCCGGCGCCGGUGCUGUCGACGCCAAGGGCACCAACAUUGCCAUUGUCUGCGGCAAGACCGGCUGCUCCAACUGGACCUGGUCCAACGUCAAGGUCAACGGUGGCAAGAACUAUGGCAGCUGCCAGAACGUUCCCAGCGUUGCUACCUGCAAGGCCUAG